AUGGAUAAUAUUGUGCAUCAGCCACGCAACAUGCCAGACAAUGAACUGGCUGAUCCAGAGGUUCCACAAGAAGUUAUGCUCUUUUUCCGCGAAAUCAAAAUGAUUGGGGAGAUGCUGUAUGUGAUCGGAUGCGAGCCACGCUCACACAAUGGUCGUUAUCGACAACCUCUACAGACGAUUCUGGCAGCUCUAUCUUCGCCUGGUUCAACAUAA